AUGGCGGCGGCGCGGAGCACAGCCAUACAGCUGGCAACGGAGUCUUCCCCUCAGGAAGCUACCGUCUCUGCCGCCUCCUCCUCCUCCUACACCGCCUGCGCGGCGGCGGCGGCGGCGGCGGCGGCAGCGGUUGUGCCUGCCUCCUCCGCCACCUCCACCCCUGCCUGCCCGCCUGCCGGUGGCUGCGGCGACGGCGGCGGCGGCUUUUGCGGCUCCACUAUGGCGGCGGCGGGGAGGGGGGGCACUAGUUUUAAAGUAGACACCCGCCCUUGCCUCAGAGAAGAUAUGACUUGGAAAGAACAGGAGAAGACUGAACUUUUUACAGAUAAUUUUUGUAAUAUAUGUGGAGUGGUGCUGCAGUUUGAAUCACAAAGGAUUUCACAUUAUGAGAGUGAAAAACAUGCUCAAAAUGUUAGGUUUUAUUUUCAAAUGCAUGGGGAACAAAAUGAAGUGCUUGGUAAGAAAAUGAAGAAGGAUGUUAGGAAUUUUCAGAUGCAUAGGAGUGAAGUAGUGGACAGAAACAAAUUUUGUGAUCUCUGCAACAUGAUUUUUAGCUCCCCAGUUGUUGCUCAGUCUCACUAUGUGGGGAAAGUCCAUGCUAAAAAACUGAAGCAAUUAAUGGAGGAGCAUGAUCAGGUAUCUCCAUCAGGAUUUCAGCCAGAGAUGGCAGGUGUGCCUAUUACUACUUCUGCAGAAUCAACUUUUCUGAAGCCCCUUGUUGUCAAGCCUCCUCCAGGUGGGAUUAAAGACAAGACUAUGCCUUCCUCUUCCAGCAGUGCUUUGGAUUUGAAUAAUCCAAACAAGUAUUGCAAGCUCUGUCCUGCUUUCUUUAAUAGUCCAUUAAUGGCCCAACAACAUUAUGUUGGGAAAAAACACAAAAGAAAUGAAGCUAGGAAGAAUUUUGUAGACAAGAUAAGAGAGAAACCUCUUCCAGCAAAAUCAGAUGCAAAUGCAUUUAUUAUGAAAACCUACGUUUGUUACAUUUGUAAUAUCACCUUUACAUCUUUAGAAAUGUUCCGGUCCCAUAUGCAAGGAAGUGAACAUCAAAUUAAAGAAUCCAUUGUUACCAAUCUAGUGAAGAAUCCGAAGAAGCCACCAGAAUCUUACCAAGAUGAAAGUACAGAUUACAUCAAAGUACAGAAAGCUAGAGGACCAGAACCAAAGACUUGUUUCAGAAAGGUGGAAGAGACUUCUUUGGAAGCCUGCAGGUACAGAGAAGCAGUUGAUUCCAGAUCCAGACAUAGAAUGUUUGAACAAAGACUCCCAUGUGAGACUUUCCAGAUAUACCCAGGACCAUACAAUAUUUCACAAACAGUGGAAAACCAGUUACCUCAUUGUUUACCAGCUCAUUCAAAGAACACAUAUGACUCUUUCCAAGAUGAACUGGAAGAUUAUAUCAAAGUGCAGAAAGCCAGAGGACUAGAUCCAAAGACUUGUUUCAGAAAGAUAAACGAGAGCUCUGUAGAAACCCAUGGGUACAGAGAAGUUGAUUCUGGACCCAGACCAAGAAUGUGUGAGCAAAGAUUUUCAUUUGAGACUUCUCAGACCUCCCAACGACCAUACAGUACUUCACCAGUGGAAAGCCAAUUACAUCACUGGUUACCAGCUCAUUCAAAGAGAUCAUAUGACUCUUUCCAAGAUGAACUUGAGGAUUAUAUCAAAGUGCAGAAAGCCAGAGGACUAGAGCCAAAGACUUGUUUCAGAAUGGGAAGCGAUAGCUCUGUGGAAACCCAUAAAUACAGAGAAAUGGUUGAUUCCAGACCCAGACAUAGAAUGUUUGAGCAGAGACUCCCAUUUGAGACUUUCCAGAAUUACCCAAGAUCAUACAAUAUUUCACAGGCAGCGGAAAACCAGUUACCUCAUUGCUUACCAACUCAUGACAGCAAACAGAGAUUAGACACUAUGACCUACUGCCAACCCACCAGAGACUAUUUCCCAGAAAAACCAGUACCCCUGAGCCUUAGCCAGCAGGAAAAUAAUUCUGGCCCAUACAAUAUAGAAUCUGAAGUUUACAAGCACCUCUCCUCAGAAAACAAUACCAGUGACCAUGAAGCAAGUCAUAUGCGGAAACAUCAGAAGAGAAGAAGGCACCUGGAGGAAGGUGAAGAAAAGCCAGAGAAGGAGCAGUCAAAGCAUAAAAGGAAAAAGAGUUAUGGGGAUACAGAUCUAGACAAGGACAAGAGUAUCCAGGAAAGGAAAAGAGAGGGAGAUAAAGUUAGUUCAGGAAAGCUUAAACAUCGAAAAAAGAAAAAAAGCCAUGGUGUUCCCUCUGAGAAGGAAGAACAUAAGCACAAGAAAGAGAAAAAGAAAUCUGUUGAAGAAAAGACGGAAGAGGAAAUGCUUUGGGAUGAGUCUAUUCUUGGAUUUUGAACUUUUAGCUUUGUUUACCCAAUGAGAAAUCAGUUAAGAAUAGGGAAAUUUAGACAAAGACAGGAACAUCCAAUGAAGAUAAGGAGAGGUGAAUACAGUCAGUGUCAGUUCAGGAAAGCUUAGUUUUUUAUGUGUAAAAAUUGAAAUUGAA